AUGAAGGGAGACCCCUCUAAAAGAGACACCAGCAAAUACUGCGCAUUCCAUGGGGAGCACGGUCAUUACACCAACAACUGCAACGCUUGGAAAAGGCACCUUGAGGAGCUAGUCAGGGAGGGCCAUUGCACAGAGUUCGUUGCAAAGAAGGCUAUCCAGCAGAUCGAGGAUCGUGAUGCAGCUGCCAAGGAACCUCCCCAAAAGGUCAUUCGAAUCAACACCAUUCUAGCCGACUCCCAAGAGUCCGGGCUGACCACCAAGGAGCGCAAGAGAAAGAUCGCUCAAGCAACUUAUGUCUCCCAAGUCACAACGGGAGUACCAGCCGUUGGGGAUACACCUAUCAUCGGCUUCCAGAAGAAUGACUUGAUCGGGCUUGACCUGCCACAUAAUGACGCCCUAGUCAUUUGCAUCCAAAUUGAACAAGCUGUGAUCGAGCGAGUUCAUGUAGAUGAGGGCAGCACAGCCAACAUCCUGCAACUAUCUGUUAUCCAACAGAUGGGGUUCGAGCCCAAGAUUAGCAAACUUGCCAGAUCGCUCACCAACUUCAAUGGGGCCACAUCAAUCACUGUUGGAACGAUCGACUUGGAUGUCCACUCACCCCCAGUGGUCUGCUCACAGACCUUCAUGGUCAUCGACGAGGUUUCCCCCUACAACGGAAUCUUGGGCCGACCGUGGAUCAGCAAGAUCGAGGCCAUCACAUCUGCUCUACAUCAGAAGAUCCGUUAUCCCAUCCUUGGGGCGGAAUCGGGCAGAUCAACAGUGACCAAGCCAUGGCAAGGAGAUGCACCGCCCAAGGGCUCAAGAAGAGCAAGCAGCUGCAGUUCACACCAGUAA